AUGAGACAAAGCUCGUUCCCGUAAUUGGCGCAUGCGCUGAUUGGCAACAGACUGUAGAAGAUCGGUAAUAGGUUAGAAAUGACAAAGAAUCUGUGUACAGGAAUCUCAAACACAACAACACGUCAGUUCCAAUGUCUCUGUCAGGUAUUUAAGGAGUGACCAGAUACUUCCUUUGUAUCAUCUUUUGUUGAUCCUAGGAGAUGAAGAAGUAUCUCAUCAUAAUUGGAAACAUGCUUUGUGUCUGAAAUUAAGUUUUCUGUUUUAACUCAGUGAGUCCACUGGAACUGCAUGCUGAGAACUCACCAGCAUUUGUUGAUCUGUUCUCUCUGCGGAAGCGAUUAAUUCUGUCAUCCAAGCUGAUAAUACGACAGAAAUUUCACAGCAGUGGGAAGCCAUUCACUGAGAAUGCCAUUCAGUGAGAAGCCGUUCUGCUUUGGAAGAGAUUCACUCACUCAGCCAAUCUGCAGACACACCAGUGAGUUUACGGGAAGCGAGACUGUUCACUAGUUCCAUGUGUGGGAGGAGAUUCACUCAGUAAUCUGAUCUGUUGACAGAUGAACAAGCUCUUACUCUGAAAAGGCUGUCCACCUGUUCAGGCUGUGGGAAGUGAUUCAGUCUGUCAUCCUAUCUGUAGACACACCAGUGAGCACACACGAGAGAGGCUACUCACCAGGUCAGUCUGUGGCAUUCACUUAGUCAUCCCACCUACAGAUACUCCAGUCAGUUCUCACUGGAGAGAGGUCAUUCACCUGCGCAGAGUGUGGGAAGGGAUUCAUUCGAUCAUCUGACCGACUGGCACACCAGUCAAUUCACAGGGAGGGUGGGGGAUGCUGUUCACCUGUGCAGACUGUGGGAAAGGAUUCAAUCAAUCAUCUGACUUAUUGGCACACCAGUCAGUUCACACUGGGGAGAGGCCAUUCAACUGUUCAGAAUGUGGGAAGGGAUUCACUCGGUCAUCUCAGUUGAAGGUACAUCUGCGAAUUCACACUGGGGAGAGACCGUUUAUCUGCUCAGACUGUGGAAGGAGAUUCACUCAGUCAUCCCAACUGAAGGUACAUCAGCGAGUUCACUCUGGGGAGAGGCCGUUUACCUGCUCCGAGUGUGGGAAGGGAUUCACGCGAUCAUCUGACCUAUUGGCUCACCGGUCAGUUCACAAUGGGGAGAAAAUGUUCACCUGCUCACACUGUGGAAAGGCAUUUUCACAGUCAUCCACCUUACUGAGACACCAGCGAGUGCACACUGGGGAGAAGCCGUUCACCUGCUCAGAUUGUGGGAAGGGAUUCACUCAGUUAUCUAACCUACUGAGGCACCAGCGAGUUCACACUGGGGAGAAACCAUUCACCUGCUCAGAUUGUGGGAAGGGAUUCACUCAGUCAUCUUACCUGCUGUCACAUCAGCGAAUUCACACUGGGGAGAAACCAUUCACCUGUUCACAUUGUGGGAAGGCAUUCAGUCACUCACCUCACCUGAAGGAACAUCAGCGAGUUCACACUGGAGAGAGGCCAUUCACCUGCUCUGAAUGUGGGAAGAGAUUCAUUCGAUCAUCUUACCUGAAGCAACAUCAGCGAGUUCACACUGGAGAGAGGCCGUUCACCUGCUCUGAAUGUGGGAAGGGAUUCAGUCGAUCAUCUGACCUGAAGCAACAUCUGCGAGUUCAUUCUGGAGAGAGGCCGUUUACCUGCUCUGAAUGUGGGAAGAGAUUCACACACUCAUCUCACCUGAAAGCACACCAGCGAGUUCACACUGGGGAGAAACCAUUCACCUGCUCAGACUGUGGGAAGGGGUUCAGUCGAUCAUCUGACCUGAAGCAGCAUCUGCGAACUCACACUGGAGAGAGGCCGUUCACCUGCUCUGAAUGUGGGAAGGGAUUUUCUCAGUCAAGCAACCUUGUGGCGCACUACCGAGUUCACACUGGGGACAGGCUGUUCACCUGCUCAGACUGUGGGAAGGAAUUCAAUCAUUCAGCCGACCUUCAGAAGCAUUAUGGAGUUCACACUGGGGAAAAAGUUUAAAUCAGUUGCAUGCUUGAUAUUUAACCAUCACAGUUACCAAAUCCAGAGACAAGUUCAAAAAUGGCUGUUGGUGUCAAACUCUGAAAUUAUUGCUGCUGUUCAUCACACCCAGUUCUCCACCCUGGUCACUGGGACUGAGAGGAGUUCCUUCUGCUAUUGUUCACAUUUAAUGCAACUGGAGUUUAAUAUUCUGAAUCUGUGACAAAUAAAUCAGUUCUAUUUUCAACUGUCUCAGGUACUUAGUGAAACUACAACAUACCCAGUGUACAUUAGGGAGUCAACUACACCCAGCUGGUCCCGGCCAGUCUUUCUGUUCCACGACAGUCCUUCUAAAUCUUUCCCUGCUGUUCACCUUUCGCUUUCCCUGUAGUGAUGGCUUCCAAUCAGUCACCACUCUAAGGUUUCCCUUGAAUUUCCUGCAUGACUUUCUGCAGAUUGAAGAAGACGUGCUGACUGCAGUUAUGUCUGUUGUUUGGGUCGAGGAAGAAUGACAUUGUUAGUUACCCACCUUAUUCCCUGUCCGUUUCAAUGUUAUGGGUUAUUUUCACUUUUAAAGGGCAGUGUCUCACACAACGGAGAUGUUGGAAUACACCAGUGUGCUCAAAAGCAGAACAUGGAACAUUUAAGUCAGACACCAGAGAUGGGUCAGUACACGGCAGAGUUUCAGUCUCUGGACAGUGGGAGGUGUAAGAGGAAAUGAUGAGGUGCAGGGGAACAGAGGGGGUGGCAACAAAUGACAGAGUAGCAGCAUUUGGAAACUGACAGAAAAAAAAUUAGGUUGAUUUUUACUGCUGACAUGCCCAAUGUCUGUUGACAUGGAGUAUAUUGCUUUGGAAACUUGUGUGUUAAACUGGCAGCUGAAUUCUCAUAACAAUACUGACUUGGUUGGUGCAAUUUGGCAGCUGGGGAGGCAAUACUUGUAAGUGCUUUCAAUGGCACUGUUCUUACCCAGAAAUCUGUGAGUUUAAGAAUGUACCAUCACUGAAUCGAGUGUGCAGAUGCCGAGAGUCCAAAGUUGUGCCAAAAGGUAUGCAUGGUUUCAGUAGACAAAAGGCUCCGGGAAUGGGUUCACUAGUCCUCCCAGGCACAGCUGAGAUCUUGCAAUCCAAACUUAAGGAUUUGUGAGUCGCAUAAAAAAUAUAAUUCUGACUUUAUUAGGCAUGAAGAACUUUGAUGUAUUUUCAAGUUAAAAGUAGGUACAUGAUUUUGUACCAAUUGAUUUGGAACAUUAGGAUCAGGUCUGAUGACAAGAACCAGCUGAUGUCCAUACCUCUAGCUAGUAGGAACAGUUGAGACUGAGGCCCAAAAGUAAACUGGGUUCAACUUCUAGUGAAUUUAAGUGUCAAUUAGAGCUGCACAGGAAAACAAACUCUUUGUCACCUUCAUUUCCUCCGCAGAUGACCUUUGUGAGGCCACUUUGUGAGUUCCCAUUGUCAAUCACCUCAGUAUCAGUGAUUAGAAAGUCUCCAGGAGCAUCCAUGUAAACACCAUGUACUCCUGGUUGGCCCAUCGUGAUACAGACAGGGAAUUUGAUGCUGAGUCCAGAUGCCUGAACUGUGACCCAAUAGAAGUUGAGGAUUUGUUCUCCUAAUUUGUCACCGUGUGAAUGUCAGACAUCACCUUGGAGUCUAAAAAUAUAUCAUCUGAAAUACUGUCCUUCAUCUAUUGAUACCUUUUGUAAACUUUUUACAGAGUACAAAAAGCUAGGCAUUUGCAUAUGGUAAUCUCAAACAGUACAUCUCAUCAGUUCUGCUCUGAAUGGCUGUUCACCAGCACUGGAAUACCAUAUGGCAUUGGAGAUGCUAGAUAAUGUUGAUAGACAUCACCAGUUGUAGCAAGGAGAAUCUAGACACGUAUCUGGGACAACCCCUGCCCACUUGUCUUGUCCGCCCCUCCCCAAGACCUUUUUCUGGGGUAAUACUCCACUAUUCUUCAGCCCCGUCUCUGCAAUAACCCCUCCAUUCUUCCCACAUCAUCUGAUGUCUCCUUUCCCCAAUGCUCCACAGCCCCCAUGUUUGGGAUGACCCCCUUCCCUCUCCCACUCUGCCUUUAGGACACAUUUUCCAUCUCCUCCUUCCCACCUCUGUCCAUGUGUCACUCAUUUCAGUCCCCUCUAUAAGUACCUUGCCCCAUUCCUUAGAAUCACCUCCCCCAUGGCCUAGGGUGCCCCCUUCCCCCUGUCCUGUCCCCACAACUCCUUGAGUCUGUCUCUGGAAACUCUUUUCCCUUUCCCACUCUCCUUCUCUGGGAUACACCAUUCCCCAAUUGCUGUCUCUGGGACACAACCUUUCCCUGCUCCCCUAUCUCUGGAAUGUCCCAUUGCCCCACCUUCCCUGUUCAGUCUCUGGGAUAAAUAAUUUCCCUUCUGGCUUGGCACAGCACACUUAUCCCCUAACCCGUCUCAGAGAUGCCUAUACCAUUAGCCCCCGGUUUCUGUGAAGCUCCUUUUUCGCCCUGUUCAUCCCAUUUUCUCCCUCCACUAUCUGGGACGCCAACUCCACCUCUUCCCCACAAUGCUGUCUGUCUUAGGACAUCUCCAAGUCUCUGGGACUUCCUGUGCACUCCCCCAUCUCUGGGUCUCCUCUUUCUGGUUAACAUCUCCCCUCACCUGUCUCCCUUUCACUGUGAUACACGCUUCCCCAUUGCCCUUCCCACAUAAUUUCCCUUCAAUCAUUCCCAUUCCCCCAUCACUCGAUUGACAGCUGCCCCUACCGUUGGGUUACCCGUACACCUUUCACAUUCUUGGGAAGUCUGCUUCCUCCCUAGCUAAUCUCUGACAUGCCUACUUUGCACCCAACCACCGUCUCUAAGAACAACUCUACCCUGUCUCUGUCUUUGAAACACUCUUACCCCAUUCACUGGAAUGCCUGCUGCCUCUAUUUACUCACUUUCAC